AUGGAAAACAAGCUUGAAGCAAAAGACAAAAGCAUUCAGAAAAGAAUACCACGUUCGGUACCAAAAGGAAAGGAAAAGAACUAUAAGUAUAUGAUUUAUACUGAAGAGAUGGAAAAUGAAGAAGAUAAAGAUAUGGUUAUGUUGCAUUUAGUCAGAAGAAACAACAAAAGCUUUUACGACCUUGCUAAGAUUUACAAAUCUGACAGAAAUUGGUUCUAUCGCGAAAACUUACCGAUUUCAAUGACACCGAAUGAAGAUGUGAAACAAAUAGUUCAAGAUACGUUACCUCAAACACACUAUGAUAUGAAAGGUUGUACAAUUCUUACCUUCAAAGAAGAUUUGCCAUUGUUAAAGGAAAAAAUAACAGAGUAUUUUGACAACUUCAAACAAGUAGGGUAG